AUGGCGAAACAGGUUACCUUCGAGGAAAUAAAAGCGCAAUCUCUGUCGAGAAGUCGAAGCGUCAGUCCUAGAAAGCGCCAGAUGACCAUUUCCGAUGGAGGACAGCACACCACGAAGCGAUUAUGCCUCGACCAUAGAUUUGGGGGCACUAGUCGGCAAGGCACCCAAGCUCGCACCCUGUUGACAUAUACAGGUACGUCUCUGCCGAGUGUGAGCUCGCCCGAAAUCCUCGAACAGUCGGAUUUGGAUAUGCAGACGUUGGUUCGAAGCCGCCGUUCAAGUGAUCCCUCAUUAUACUGUUGCGACUAUAACAAGGCCAAGAAAGAGUCUAGAGAGGGGAUGCCGGGUAAGCCGGAGUUUGGGGGUGCAUAUGUUUGUGACCAGUGUAGGGGUGUGGAAUACCGCGAGGAUAGGGAUAAGGAUGUGGAAGAUGUUUUCUUUGAUCCGGAAUGA